AGUUUCUACCGGGUAACAUUGGAGGUUGGAGCUUCAUUCGCUUUACUCUCAAGUAUUCUCGUUCAAAUUUCGAAAUAAUUGGACAACAUGAAUUAAAUAUAGUCCAAUUCAUUUUAUUUGUCAAAAAAGUGCUUGCAAUUUGUUUCUUUGUUCAAAAUGGAUAUUUUUGUUACAAUUUAUGGUUGUUUAUUUUUAAUUGGAGUAGUAGGUAAUGGAACGUUGGCGGUUACUCUCUGGUGGGGUCGUGGGUCGAAAAGUCCACUAUUACUGGGACUUAUCAUAGCUGAUUUUUUUGUAUGCUGCCUUAGUGGACCUAUCACAGCGGCUUUGUAUACUAUUCCGUCAGAUUCACCAGUAUGGUUGAUCAUUGCUCAAUUCAUGCAGUCUUUUCCAGUCUCAGCCAGUACCCUUUCUAUGAUGGUAAUAUCAGUAGACCGUUUUUUCACAGUGAAAAACUAUCGACCCAUUGGACAAGUAGCGACGCGUCGUCAAGUUUUAAGCAUAACUGUAGCUGCUACAUGGCUUUCGGCAGCGGCUCUUUCAUCAUUCCAAAUCAUAUCAAGAUACAAACAUCCCUGGAAAAAAGGUCUCAUGAUCAGUAGAAUAACAAUGGUUCAUAUCAUACCAGCAUGCACAGUAAUGAUGAGUCAUCUAGGAGUACACGCUAAACUUACCGCAUUGUCCUUAACUGCUAGAGCUAAACAUGGGGAAUUGCCGUUGCCAAUACCUUUAAUGAGACGGCCUACCCAUGUUAUUAUCGUUGCUGGAAUGCCCAAGGGAAGAAAGCAAAUGAGUAUUCCGAACGCACAAGAUACUAUCGAGGAAACACCACCUCCAACUUCAACUUUACGCAGUCGUAGACGUCUCGCUAAUUGUUUACUUUGUUUAUCUCUAUUCUUUAUUUUGUGUUGGUUUCCAUAUGUGAUCACUCAAUUUUGUGAUGAAUUUAUGCAAAAUGCUACACCGGAAUAUAUUCAACAGCUGACCCUUUUCUUUGGUCACAUGCAUUCUGCUAUAGGCCCUAUUCUAUACUGGAGUAUGAAUCACAAAUGGCCUAAGGGACCUUGUAAUAGAAUACGUCGUCUAACAAUCUAUAGAAGCGCUUCUUCAACAAAUGAAGCAGCACUUGGACCUUUUAAUCCUCGUUUGGUCCGUCCUCCUCCCUACAGACGCAGAUCUUCUCAUUAUCUCUAUUAACUCUGUGAUCUUCAUAGCCUAACUGAGCAACUUACUCAGGAAGUGCAAUAUCUGUUUUACUAUAUCUCAAGCCCAACAACUACCUUUUAUAAAAGAAAAUCUAAAAUCUUCAAAUUGAAAAAAUCAGAAUUUGUAAAUAUGUGAUAGAACAAGGCUGAAUAGGACAUUUAUAAUGUUGACAUUUUUUUCUUCUCUUCGUCUUUCUGAAUUUUCUCAAAUUCUUUAGAACUAUCUACGAAUUGGAUAUCACUAGUUACAACCGUUAAACGCUUUUAAAUGUUACAGUGAAGAUAAACUAUCAAUGGAAGUGUUAUAUAUGUUUGAUGUUGCCUCAAACUAACUUUUCUCGAGUUUGAGCCUAUUCAGAAUAAAUCUUGUCAUAUAAAUUGAAUUAUUUCAUUACAUGGAAUGAAUUUAUCAGUUAAGAAUAUUGAGAAGACCAUUUUUAAUGGUAAGUUUUAACUAACAAAAUUUUAUUUCUAUGCUUAUACCUUAGGUUUUACUACUAAACCAAACACCGAAGUGGAAUAACGUCUAUAACGUAAAUAUUUUUUUCUGUGAAAUAAAGGUAUGAUACUAUUUGAAACAAAUUACAGAAAAGAAAUGAACAUAAAAACUGAAUUCUUUGUUUUGGAAUUGUCCUAUAUUCUACUCAGCCGACAGGGCAGGACUCGCGUUCACAGAGCCGACAGAGUUCACAGAUCAAUAAAGACUCGAGGUCGUCAUUAUGUAUCCCUGCACUAGAGUUGUGAGCGCACUUGCAGAAAUCUAACAUUUAGAUGGAAUUCAUAAAAAUUAGUAACUGAUUACUGAAAUGAUAAAUUAGUAGACAUUGCAAUAUAACGUGAUGCAUUUCGUCUUCUUCCUCUUCAGAUUUUUUAGAACUCUUGAACCUUUGUCUUUUGAUUUCUUUUCAAUAAAGAGACGCUGUAAAAAUAAUGGUUUCUCUUUUUAUACAUUCGUUUAAUGAUGAUCUUGACUUUUGGUAUUGCCAUAAUAACGGGAGAAAACUAGUGGUGCUGAGUAUUUUUAUCGUCGAAAGACCCACACAGUUGAUUGUUGUUUAGUUUCGUUCAUAUGCAUAGAUUCAUGAUUCGUCGUUUGUUAUGAUCUUAUAAGUCUUUCAAAGCUCUUUCAAAGCUUCUAUAGCGAAGUGCGACCACGAUUGAAUUCGGUAAACCAAGGAAACACGGUGGCUCGAAAUAAUACUUCACCACCAAAAGUCGAAGCGAGUUGAUCGGCACGCUGCUGUUGGUUUGAUCUACGUCGAAAGUCAUAAAAACUCAUAGUACAAAAAUGCGAUUUUAUGACCAUGAUGAAUGUUUCAAGUAUCUAUAAACAAUUUAAAUAGCUCUCGUAUGACAACACGCUCUAAGUACGUUCACCAUUAAUGUCAAACUUCAUUAUAACAAUGCCAAAUUUGACAUAUUAAUAUCAGUGUUACCAUAUCUCAAAACUUAAGUAGCAACCCCUUAAAAAACAAUGUAAAAAUCUGCGCAGCUGCUACUAUGUUGAAUCCUCUCUGCCCAAUUUUCUCCUGACAUUUCUGUCUCUUGAUUAAAUAGAUAGUUUAUACGCUCACUGCUGUAUAAAUGUAUGCCCCAAAUUAUUUCAACAACAAACUUAUAAAUAACUUAUUACUAUACUUAUAUGAUGGAAUAACAACACGCAGGUCCGAAAACAAUUAAAAAUAUAACUCACUUUGUACUAGAAAAGUCCAAAAGUUAUACUAAAACACUAUAUUUUAGUACGUUUCGACUUGUUUAUUCUUGAGUUUACUCGUAUUCGCAAUGCAGACAAUACUUCAAUAUUCAGUUCAGCAGUAAGUAUAUUAUGUACUACAUAAUAUGAGAAACCAAUAUCUUUCUUUAUCUAGUAAUCAAUCAUCCUGCGUUGAUUAUCACGAUUCAUUUUGAUACUUAGAUGUAAUUCAGGAUGCAGAGACACUACAACAGGUUUAAACUUGUGAGUUUCUUGCGUUAUGAUAUAAAAUUGUUUUUAUGAACUGUUUGGGGGCGGAAAAAGGAAGCAGCUCUACUUCAAACUAAUAUUAAUAAAUUUAUUCAUCUUGUUUCAGGAGUUAUGGAACAUAUUUUCUCAUGGAGAUAACUUUGUUUUAUUUAUUUUUAUAUUACCGAUGGUAAAUAAGCUAAAUAUUGCUAUGUCAAAUCAAUACUAUAUACUGACAAUAAAUGUUAUGAAAUGUGAA